AUGUUGGGCCAGAGUAUCCGGAGGUUCACGACGUCCCUGGUCCGCCGCGGCCACUACGAGGAGGGCCUGGGCAAGACCUUGCCAUUUUCAGUGGAAAACAAGUGGCGGUUACUGGCCAUGAUGGCUGUUUUCUUUGGAUCUGGAUUUGCAGCACCCUUCUUUAUAGGAAGACAUCAAUUGCUUAAGAAAUAAGGAUGUUUUAAUUCAUCCAUUUAACAGAUAGGAAGAAUGUUUAAGAGGUACAACCUCAGAAAUGGAUCAGACUCUUAAACUCCUACAAUAUGUGCUUGUAAAUAAACUAAUGACAU